UCAUGAACUCCAUCCUGAACAAUGUAAAUAUAGUGCUAAGUUCAGGUUAAUAGGAAGGGAAGCGCUGAUUGAUAUUGAAUUCUAUACAAAAAAUGGAAAUCUUUCGAUUACCAUACAGUGUCAAUUGUUUAGAGCAAAAUAUCCAAAUGCAACCUUUUUAGAUACAGAUCUCGCUAACGCUAUUCAACAUUACAAAAUUAAACCUAAAGAUCUUAAAACUAACGCUUCACAACUUUUAUCAUUUCUUAUUGAGAGGCGUAGUUUAUGUGAAUUGCUAAAGACUUUGGAUUCACGAUUAGAGAAAGAGGCUAAGUGGAAUCGUUUUUUUGAAUACAAAACUCUAUCAUCAUGUGUUGGGAUUGCAUCUAUCGGCAGUGAGGUAUUGUCUGCAGUUGACCAUAUACUAUCAGAAUACUUGACCUCACAGAUUCUUUCUAUUGAGCGUAUUGAAAUAGCUCAAUAUUUAUAUUUUGAUGUGAUAUUGGCUAACUUAACAACGUUAAUCAGAUUGGAUGGUGAGAAUGAGAUAACAACAAACAACCUACGUGCAGCAGCACAGCAUUCUAAAUUUGAUGAAAUUUGGGGUCUUGCAUGGCAAGCCGUACAACUCGCUGUUGAAUGUGAAGAUAAUGAGAUGGAACAAUGGUUAAAAUCUUUUAUUAAUCAAAAAAAACAUUUUUUAGUACAAAAUAAAGAGCCUGAAGACAGUGAAAAAGAGAAUAAUUCUACAAUUGCUGCUACAGAAAAAGGACAUCGUCAGCCAUAUACUUGUCGUAUCUGUGGCAAAACUGGGCACAAUAGUGCAAGAUGUCAAGAGAAAG